CGCCCUCGUGGCGGGAGAUUUGCAGGGCGCGGUGUGUGGGGCGGCCAUGGAGCGGCUGCGGGACGUGCGGGAGAGGCUGCAGGCUUUGGAGCGCGCGUUUCGGCGGCAGCGCGGACGGCGGCCAGGCCAGGAGGACGUAGACGCGGCGCCGGAGGAGACCCGCGCGCUCUACCGGGAGUACGGUGCCCUGAAGGAGACCCUGGGCCAGGCCGGCGGCGUCGGGCCUCGCGAUUUGGAGCAGUCGCUUCCCGCAGCGGCCGAGGAGGUGCCGGCGCCCAGCUGCUGGGGGUCCCACUUGAAUCGGGCUGCGGCCCAGAGCCCCCGGCCUACAUGGAAGCCGAGCUCUCAGGGGUCUGUGCAGGACUAUGGGAAGAGGCUUAAGGCCAACCUAAAGUACAGUCUGCAGGCCGGGCCAGCCCUGGGCCGGAUACCCCGACUUGCCCAAAGAUCCUCCAAGGUCCCUUCCCCAGGGCCUCCAGGCACAACGACUGCCCCCACCUCUCCAGAAGAUGACGACGAGGUGCCCCCCCAGCCUCCCAAGCCCCAGCUGAGGCCAGGCCGGCUCCAGCAGCUGCGGGCAUCCCUGAGCCUGCGACUGGGCUCCCUAGACCCUGGAUGGCUACAGCGGUGCCACAGUGGAACCCCAGAUUUUCUGGGGGUUUCCAAGGCCUGCCAGCCUGUCCUGGGUGCAGAGGAGUCACAGCCUCUGACUUCAGGUGUUCCAUCUGUCCUCUACCCCAUCACCGUCCCUGAGGUACCUGUACAAGGCCCAGAGGUUCCAGCCCUACAAGCAACUGGUGUCAGUGCGUUAAAACCCCAUAGUGGUAACAGUCAAGGCAAGAAGCAGAGACGGAGUAGGGAGCUGGAGGGAUGCCAUGCACAGACCCAGCAGGACAAAGGCCAAGCGGAACCCCUGCCUGAGGGAGCUGGGGCUGCAGUGCAUGCAAAAGACUCUCCAGAGGAGCCUGUGAGGGCACAGCCCCCCAGCAACCCCACAGCCCCCAGGCCCACCGCGCGAGACAGGGGUAAUUACGUGCGACUCAACAUGAAGCAGAAACGCUAUGUGCGGGGCCCAGCCCUGCGGGGCAGGCUUCUCCGCAAGCAGACUUGGAGGCAGAAGUGGCAGAAGAAAGGGGAGUGUCUUGGGGGUGUUCAGCCCAGAGCCACAGCCAAGGACUCUUAUUUCCAGUGUGAGCAGCUCAGCCACUGGGCAUCCCACUGCCCUCAGUCAGAACCUACCCUGGCUCCUCAGGAGGGUGACACACAGACCCUGCCCACGUUGGAGGAAGUAUCCCAGAGCACUGGUGCUGCCGACUGCCGACUCUCUGCAGGCAGAGAACACACAGAGCCUGUGGGGCCUGAGCUGCUGGUGCCUCUGGGGGAGUCUGUGCCCGAGGUGCCCUGCCCCCCUCCUUCCGUGCCCCCACUCUACCCACCAGGGCCCUCGGGGAAGGUGGCAGACACACCGGCUGAGGUGUUCCAGGCCCUGGGGCAGCUGGGGCACCAGGCCUUCCGCCCUGGGCAGGAGUGUGUGGUCAUGCGGAUCCUGUCUGGCAUGUCCACGCUGCUGGUGCUGCCCACAGGCGCUGGCAAGUCCUUGUGCUACCAGCUGCCCGCGCUGCUCUACUCCCGGCGCAGUCCCUGCCUCGCACUCGUCAUCUCUCCCCUCAUGUCACUCAUGGACGACCAGGUGUCAGGCCUGCCCCCAGGCCUGAAGGCAGCCUGCAUCCACUCCGGGAUGACCAGGAGGCAGCGGGACUCUGCACUGCAGAAGGUUCGAUCGGCCCAGGUCCAAGUACUGAUGCUUUCACCAGAGGCGCUGGCUGGGGCUGGGGCCGGGGGCGCUGUCUUCCUCACUCAGCUCCCCCCAGUUGCCUUCGCUUGCAUCGACGAGGCCCACUGCCUCUCUCAGUGGUCCCACAACUUCCGGCCCUGCUACCUGCGUGUCUGCAAGGUGUUGCGGGAACGCCUCGGUGUCAGCUGUUUCCUGGGUCUCACAGCCACAGCCACACGCAGCACCGCCCAUGACGUGGCCCAGCACCUGGGUGUGCCCGAGGAGUCUGUCCUCAGGGGCCCAGUCACCAUCCCAGCCAACCUGCAUCUCUCUGUGUCCACAGACAGGGACCCAGACCAGGCUCUGGUGACACUGCUGCAGAGUGACCGUUUUCGUGCCCUGGGUUCUGUCAUCAUCUACUGCAACAGGCGAGAGGACACGGAGCGUGUUGCUGCACUGCUGCGCACCUGCCUGCGUGAGGCCUGGGCCCUGGGCCCCGGAGGCCAAGCCCUGGAGGCUGUGGCUGAAGCCUACCACGCCGGCAUGUGCAGCCGGGAACGGCGGCGGGUGCAGCGGGCCUUCAUGGAGGGCCGGCUGUGGGUGGUGGUGGCCACAGUGGCGUUCGGGAUGGGGCUGGACCGGCCGGACGUGCGGGCCGUGCUGCAUCUGGGGCUGCCCCCAAGCUUUGAGAACUAUGUGCAGGCUGUGGGCCGGGCCGGGCGUGACGGGCAGCCUGCACACUGCCACCUCUUCCUGCAGCCCCAGGGCGAGGAUCUCUGGGAGCUGCGUAGACACGUGCACGCCAACGCUGUCGACUUCCUCGCCGUGAAGAAGCUCGUGCAGUGCGUGUUUCCUCCCUGCGCCUGCACCCAGAGUCCCCCAGAGCAGGAGGGUGGUGAGAGCCAGGACAGCCACUCGGCUAGAGCUCCUGUGGCCACAUGCCCCCAGGAUGCUGACCAACCCAGUCUCAAGCAGAGAGCCCAGUGUCUGGGCCAUGAGCGGGCGCUCCCAGUGCAGCCAAUGGUGCAGGCCCUGGAUAUGCCCGAAGAGGGUGAGAAACGGGGAUGUGCGGCGGGGGGCAUCCCUAUAUCCCCAUGUCCCCUGAGCCCUGCUCUGCCCCCAGCCAUCGAGACCCUGCUCUGCUACCUAGAGCUGCACCCACAGCGCUGGCUGAAGCUACUGGCACCCACCUAUGCCCGCUGCCACCUGCGCUGCCCCGGGGGCCCCACCCAACUCCAGGCCCUGGCCCGCAGGUGUCCUCCCCUGGCUGUGUGCUUGGCCCAGCAGCCCCCCGAUAACACAGGUGGGGAGAGCAGUUCUGUGGAGUUUGACGUGGUCGAGCUGGUGGACUCAAUGGGCUGGGAACUGGCCCCCGUGCGGCAGGCUCUUAACCAGCUGCGCUGGGACCCAGAGCGCAGGACAGGUGUGCCUCAGGGCACGGGGGUGCUGGUGGAGUUCAGGGAGCUAGCCUUCCACCUGCACAGCCCCGGGGACCUGACAGCCCAGAAGAAGGAUGAGAUCUGUGACUUCCUAUACAGCCGUGUGCAGGCUCGAGAGCGAGAUGCCCUGGCCAGUCUGCGCCGCACCUUCUGGGCUUUUCACAGCGUAGCCUUCCCCAGCUGUGGGCCGUGCCUGGAACAGCCCAACGAGGACCGCAGCAGUCAGCUCAAGGCCCUGCUCAGCCGCUACUUCGAGGACGAGGGCCCAGGGGACAGGGAGGAGGAGCAGGGUCCAGAGCCAGGACAGGCCCACCAGCUCCAGGACUGGGAGGAGCAGAUCCGCCGGGACAUCCGCCACCUCCUGUCCUCCUGGCCAGAGCAGCAGUUCUCGGGCAGGGCUGUGGCCCGGGUCUUCCACGGCAUCGGGAGCCCCCGCUAUCCGGCCCAGGUUUAUGGGCGGGACCGGCGCUUCUGGAGAAAGUACCUACACCUGAGCUUCCAUGCCCUGAUGCACCUGGCCACAGAGGAGGUUCUGCUGUGGGGCCACUGACUGCUCUGUGCAGAAGGCCCUGUUCUCCCACAUCACAGACGACAUGGCCUGAGCAGGGGCUGCACAGCCAGUAUGGAGGGUGUCACAUAUGCAGUUCAUCAAGGCAAAGAUGGGGUAUCAGUGACCAACCACCCUGGGCAAAACCCACCGCCAGGAGCGUGGGGGCAAAAGGGGUACAGAAUAAAAGAUGCU